CCCGGACCUGCGGGAUUUGUUACACAGCUGAGUUCUGUCAAAUAGUCAAAAAACAAACUUUUUACUUACAUAAUGGCUUCUAUAAUGUUAAAAAAAUGCAACUUGCUGAAAAUUGCACAGCCUUCUAUAAGCAGAACAUUCACUGCGAUUUCAACGAAACUCUACAGCACAGGUAACGUGAUUGAUCCACCAGAUGAUGUUUUGUUUAAAAUACCUGUAAAUCCAAGCAGAGAAAAUGAACCUCUACAGCAAAGAAAGAAUAGGUUAGUUUUUAAAAACGACAAUAUGAGUGAAACAAAUAUAUUUCCCUUGCUUUCCAAAAUAUUUUGAUUGUAAAAAGUGACAUUUUAAAACACAAUAGUGCAAAAAUUGUAUAUUUUACAUUUAAGAUUGCAGUAUCAGUCUCGUAAACGUGGUAUGUUGGAAAAUGACUUACUACUAGCAACAUUUGCAGCCAAAUACUUAAAAGGUUUCAAUGCCACAGAAACAGAAGAAUAUGAUCGACUUAUUAACGGACCUUCAAACGAUUGGGACUUAUACUACUGGGCAACAGGAAUUAAACCAAUUCCAGAAGAGUACAACAAUAAAUGCAUGAGCAUGUUGGCCGAACAUUGCAAGAAUCUAAAUAAAGAAGUCAGGAUUCGUCAGCCCAAUUUAGUUUCUAUGUAAAACAAAGAAUUCAUGUUGCAGUAUUGUAUUUUAAGUAAUUUAUAAUGUGUUGUAACCAAAAAUGGUGUAUUUUUUAAGUCCCAUAUUCUAAUAUUUUAUUUUAGAGUGUAUGUACGCAACUUUUAAUACAAGGUGUAUUUGGGGUUGCAUAUAUUCCAAUUACUAUAUUAGGGACCGGAUUAAAACUAGUGUACUUAAAUAUAAUAUAAUAAGUUGUUAGGUAAAAUCUAUAUUAUAGAUUUUAUGAUAAUGUGGGUAUUCAUUCAAUUAACGUUUCAAAUAUGUAUUAAAAAAUAAUUUAACAAUUAUUUUUAUUUAACAAGAAAGGCAAAAUACCUACAUACAAUAAAAAUAACAAAUAAAAUAGCCAAUGGAUUAACAUUUUUAAAAAUAGCUUUCAAAUUGUGAUCAAUAGGAUUCCGAACUCGGCGUGUCGUAUAAAUCUAUCUUUCUAUAUAUUUUCUUUGGUUUGUAAGAGAAAUAAUAGGGACCUGAGUAAAGGCUAUGUUAUACAGUGG